CUCAACUUCUCACUUCUUAGACCUUAUUACCACUUUUUAUACUCCUUCAAACCCUCUUACCAAUAUCUCCAACAUAAUCUAACCUCAAAGCCUCACCACGAAGAAACAAUAACACAAAACAAAAACAAAAAAAUGGAAACUACUCAAACUCGCCGCCGCCUCUCAGUCUCGUUGCCACCAUCGCCUCCGCCUCGCCUUCCACGAAGCCGAAGUACAUCUACAACUACAAGCACAACCGCAACUAUUCCAGCCACCACAUAUACACUACACCAGAACAUUAGUAAUUCAUGCACACCAAAGUCAAGCCCAAGAGUACUACCAAUCGUCAAACCCCGCCCCAAAUCAACAUCAAAAUCAAGAAUAUUGUUCAACAAAAGCGAAGAGAACAUAAACCCUUCUUCAAUCUCCAUUUCAAGCACCCAAAAGAAGCAGCAGCAAGAGAAUAACAACAACAACAGCAAAGAAGGUUUAGGUAAUAAGUUGUUAUUGCAGCGUGCAGGUAGUAGUACUAGUCCACGCACUAAUAAUAUCAUUGGGGCAACAAAGGGAACAAGGUCAGUCACGAAUUCUCCGUCUGCGUGGGCUUUAUCGCCGGGACGGACUUUGGGGAGUCCGGUCAUGAGGCCUGAGUCACCAGGGUCCAGUGGAAAGAGAGUUAAAAGUGGUGGUUUUAGUGGGGUUUUGAAGUACUUCAAGCAGAAGAAAGUUUCAACAUUACAAGAGGAAGAGUUUCAUAGGUUUCGGGUUAUGCAUAAUAGAUUGUUGCAGUGGAGGUUUGUGAAUGCAAGAGCUGAGGCUGGCAUGGCUGGUGUAAAGAGAGUUGCAGAGGGUAAAAUAUUUUCUGUAUGGAUUAGAAUCUUGAAAUUGAGAAAAGCCAUAUUAGAAAAGCGAAUUGAAAUGCAAAAGUUCAAACUUGAGAUCAAAUUACAUCAAAUUAUCAACCCACAGAUUUUACUUCUCAAUCAAUGGGCAAAGUUAGAGAAAAAGAACCAAGAAUCAGUUAGCAGAGUGGUAAGAAAAUUAUCAGGAAUAUCGGUCAGGCUUCCUUUAGUCGAAGGUGCUAAGGCUGAAGAGGAGUCUAUCUACCAAGCUUUCAGCACAGCCGUGGGAGUUUUGGACAGCAUUGAAGCAACGAUUGCCAAAUUCUUCUCAAAGCAGAUUGAGACUGUCCUUUUUAUUCUUACAGAGCUCAGAAGCACGUUUGAACUAGAAGAUGAGUUUCUGGAGGAACUGGAGAUGGCUAUAGCCUUGGUUUCUACAUUAUUGGCAAAGGAGGAAAGUGUAAAUGUACAUCUCAUCCAAGCUGCUAAGGAGUCAAGGAGAGGCCAAGGUCACUGAAAAGAAGGGUGUAUAUAUAAUCUAUAUACAGAUAUAGCUGAAGUGUAUUAUAGAAAAUUGAUAUUCUUGGCCUCUGAAAAGAAGGGUGUAUAAUCUAUUUACAUAUGUAGCUGAAGUGUAUUAUAGAAAAUUGAUGUUUUGUAGGCAGCUUCCAUUCAUCAUAUUAAAAGUUCUUCGUUAAGAAUUGGGUUAGUUUUAUAACCACUCUGCCCUUUUUAUUUCUCUUUUUAAUUUUAAAUAAAGUUUUCUACUAAAUCAGACUGGAGGAAUUUUCUAUAA